AUGAAUCAAAAUGCAGAAGAACUUUAUCAACUAGGACAAAAAUAUAUAGAAGGUGUUUAUUUUGGAAUAGAUAGAAAAAAAGCCUUUGAGAAUUUUAGAAAGGCAGCUGAUUUGGGUCAUUUAUGUGCUUUAGGUGAAU